CUUAGUUGGAACCCUCAAAAGGACCUCAUCGGUUACAAACACCGUCCCCUCAGUUAUGGGACAUUGACCAUGAGGAACAUCUACAAGGUUCUCGCCUCCCAGUACGAUCCCCUGGGUUACAUCUUGCCAUACACGACCCGUGCCAAGGUGAUGGUUCGUCAGCUGUGGGAGAAGCGGCGGGAUUGGGAUGACCCUCUGCUCCCUCUGGAUGUCCAGCAGCUGUGGGCACAGUGGGAAAGUGAACUUCAACUACUUCCCCAAGUUACCUUACCCAGACAUUACACACAGGCAGCUGAUGAUGCUUCAAUCAUCAACAGACAAGUACACAUAUUCUGUGAUGCUUCGGAACAGGUUUAUGGGUCGGUGGCGUACCUCAGGUCUGAGGAUAGUAAGGGUCAAGUACACCUAUCCUUUAUCCUCGCUCGCUCACGGGUGGCACCCAGGCGACAAUUGUCCAUACCCCGGUUGGAGCUUUCUGCAGCCCUAACAGGAGCCCAACUAGCUAAGCUGUUGAACGCAGAGCUUACCCUGAAGAUCGACACUACAACCUUGUGGACAGAUUCCACCACAGUGUUAAGAUGGAUCCUUGCAGACUCCUGUCGCUAUAAAGUAUUUGUGGGCACCCGAGUGGCCGAAAUUCAAGAGUUAACUGACUUGAAGUCCUGGCGUUAUGUCGAUUCAGCCAGAAAUCCGGCUGACGACAUCACUCGGGGUAAGACCCUAAAGGAUCUGUCUGAGCCGAACCGGUGGAACCAAGGACCCCCCUUUCUACUCCAGACUUCAGAUUGCUGGCCUACCGAUCCAGCCACCCCACUGGAAGAGGAACACACGGAGCUGCGGAAAUCAGUCUUUUGUGGUGUAACUUCAACGAUUACCUCCUCGAACGCCGACCCUGAAACCUAUAAGGACUGGCAGGAAUUGCUUGAGUCCACGGCCCAGACUCUGCAUACGGCGGAUGGCAAAGAUGGACACCUGAGUGCGGAGGACUAUCGCAAAGCGGAGAGACACCUUGUCAAGAGGAUACAACACGAUAGCUUUCCCGAAGAGAUCAGGCGUCUGAGUUCUGGCAAGCCGGUUGCUAACAACAGUAGGUUGCGUGCCUUAGCACCCCAGUUGGAUGAAGACGGAGAAAUCAGAGUAGGGGGUCGGCUGAGAUACGCGAAGGACCUGGAGCUAGGAGCGGUGCAUCCCAUCGUUCUAGAUCCGAACCACCCAUUCACCAGACUGUUAAUACAGGAUUACGAUCGACGUUUGUGUCAUCCAGGCCCUGAGCGAUUGUUUGCGGACAUACGUCGGAACUUCUGGAUACUGCGAGGAAGAGAAGCGGUUCGACGGUAUCAGUCCCGAUGCUCUGACUGCAGACGUUGGAAGGCCAAUCCUACCGUUCCUCAGAUGGCUGAUUUGCCCGCUGCGCGUCUCCGCCUCUUCAAACCUGCUUUUUACUCCACAGGGACAGACUGUUUCGGUCCAUUUCAGGUCAGAAUUGGGAGGCGCAACGAGAAACGAUGGGGUAUCAUCUUUAAGUGUUUAACUACCAGGGCAGUCCAUCUUGAUAUCCUCACUCACCUUGACGUUGACUCCUUCCUCAUGGCCUUAAGAAGAUUUAUAGCCCGUCGGGGUACGCCCUCGGAAAUCCUCUCAGAUCGAGGAACUAACUUCUGUGGAGCGGAACGAGAGUUACUUCAAGCCAUGGCAAAGAUGUCUCCGGACCUACAGCAGGCCCUCGCUAAGCAAAAGAUUGCUUUCAAGUUUAAUCCCCCUGGCGCCCCUCAUUUCGGCGGAGUGUGGGAAAGAGAAAUACGCUCGGUGAAAACGGCUCUGUAUGCCACCGUCGGGGCUCAACCGUUGCCCGAGGAGGUGCUGAGGACAGUUCUUGUGGAGGUGGAGGGAAUUCUGAACUCAAAGCCAUUAGGUUACGUUUCCUCCAGCAUCGCUGAUCCAGACCCAGUGACACCAAACCACCUGUUGAUGGGGCGGCCGGAUGGGUCGCUGCCUCAGGUUGUGUACCCUGCAACUGAACUUCCCAGCAGACGCCGCUGGCGGCACUCCCAGGCGUUGGCCGAUCAGUUCUGGUCCAGAUUCGUCAGGGAAUACCUUCCCAAUUUACAUGUCAGACAGAAGUGGCAGACCACCCAACCUGACCUGAGCGAAAAUGCUGUGGUCAUGCUCAUGGAUCCUCAACUUCCCAGAGCCCUUUGGCCAGUUGGACGAGUGACUAAAGUUCACCCCAGCGCUGACGGCCACAUCAGGUCAGCAGAUGUUCGAGUUAAAGAUCGAGUUUAUACUCGACCGGUAGCGAGGAUGAUUGUUCUUCCGGCAACACCCGAAGAGGCCGGCGGCCAUGAUUCAUCAUCAAAGACUUAGUUCAUCGCCUUUGUUUGAAACAAAUGUACUUCAUACAUUUGGGGGCGGCUGUUACAAAGGCUCUAGUGUUUAUUACUUUAGUUUGGGAAGGGGAGGUGCGCCACCCGGUGGCGAGUUCGAAUAGUACAUGCAGCAGCUGCAGAAGCACUGUAGCUCUGAGGGAGGAGACGUGCAGCUGCUGCUGACGGCUCCGGUUGGGGUCUAUGUGCGUUCCUGACUGAAUACCACACACACAUGCCCAAUCGUACCAAUACCCUACCUACCUCUCCAUCUCCAAGCCUACCUCAUACUGCAUGUUUGUAUUGCUGCUGAACUGCAAUUAAAGAGAGACUCAAACCAGAAAA